CAUCCUGUGCAAGGUCUCCCUGUGAAGCAGCUUCUUGGUGUCCCUCCUGAAGGCUGGAGACAGUUCCCGAACCUGUUGAGGAAGAGGAGGAGGAGGAGGAAGAAGAAGAAGAAGCAGAGGAGAGGCAGGUUAUGCGGCCUUCACUCCCCCCUCUGAGCCCAAGGGACAAAGAGAAAGGCUAACGGACUGAGGGGGGGGCCACACUUCGCCACCCCCACCACCUACCAUGACCCACCCGCAGGUCUCUUCCGAACUCCACCCCAUUAUCUCUGCAACGGGGCUGGAGCCGGAUGGGCCAAACCCGGCCUCACCCCCCUUUGGGGAGCCGGAAGAGGAGAAGGACCUGGGCAAAGCCCUGCGGGUGGAGCGCUUUGAAGAGAUUCUGCAGGAUGCGCACCCGCGCAACGUGGAGGAGGCCGGCCGGAGCUACAGCGAGGAGGACUUUGAAUACCACCGCCAGUCAUCGCACCACAUCCAUCACCCUCUUUCAAGCCACCUCCCCUCGGAUGUUCGGCGGAAAAAGGCGGCCCCCAAAAAGGGCAAGAAGCAGCGGCGCCGGGCCUCGGUCCCCGGGGAGACCCCCACCAUCGAGGAGGAGGCCGAAGGGGAGGCCGACGGGGGGGACGAUGGGGACGAGGACACCUGCGACACGGAGACGGAGCAGGCCCCCGAGGACACACCGCGGCGCUGCAGCUCCCCGGCAGGUGCUGUCCAGUUCUUUCUCCAGGAGGAGGAGGUGGCUGCUCCUGACCGGCGGACUGAGGUGUCGCCCAUCUCAACCAUGACGCUGAGCUCCCCGACUGACUCUGGGGGGUCCCCACCUGACAGGGGGUCAAAGGCCAGCAGUGCCGAGGAGGCCCUCGAGGGCACCGAGGGACCCGUCGUGCCCGAGGCAGGCUCUCCUGGGCGCUCCCUCUCAAAGUCCCAGCUUGGGCAUCGCAGCUACAACCUCAACGAGCGCCGGCGGAUCGGCAGCAUGACCGGCGUGGAUCAAGCCCGCUACCCCCAGGUGCCCACGGAUGAGUCGGAGGCCCAGACCUUGGCCUCCGCUGACCUGGACUACAUGAAGAGCCACAGGUUCGAGGACGUCCCAGGGGUGCGCAGGCACCUGGUUCGGAAGAGCGCCAAGGGCCAAGUGGUGCACAUCGGGAGGGACCGCCGAGAGCCCAGCGCCCGCCCCCAGCGCAAAGUGGACCGGCAGCCCCACGAGGUCUUUGUGGAGCUGAACGAGCUGAUGGUGGACAAGAACCAGGAGAUGCAGUGGAAGGAGACAGCCCGAUGGAUCAAGUUUGAGGAGGACGUGGAGGAGGAGACGGAUCGCUGGGGAAAGCCCCACGUGGCCUCCCUCUCCUUCCGCAGCCUCCUGGAGCUGCGCCGGACCUUGUCCCAUGGCGCUGUCCUUCUUGACCUGGACCAGAAGACCCUCCCUGGGGUGGCCCACCAGGUUGUGGAGCAGAUGAUUAUUUCGGACCAGAUCCGGGCGGAGGAUCGGGCCAACGUCUUGCGGGCCUUGCUGCUGAAGCACAGCCACCCCUCGGACGAGAAGGAGUUCUCCUUUCCCCGCAACAUCUCGGCCGGCUCGCUGGGCUCUCUGCUCGUCCACCACCACAGUGCCAACCACGUGGCCGAGGGGGCCGAGCCCACCGUUACCGACCCCCUCAUAGGCGGCUCCGUGAACGAGCAUGAGACGCGGGUGGAUGUGGAGAAGGAGAGGGAGGUCCCGGCGCCAGCCCUCUCGGGGGGCAUCAUCCGCUCCAAGUCGAAGCACGAGCUGAAGUUGUUGGAGAAGAUCCCGGACAACGCGGAGGCCACGGUGGUGCUUGUGGGCUCCGUGGAGUUCCUGGACCAGCCGACCAUGGCCUUCGUGCGGCUGCAGGAGGCGGUCCAGCUGGACGCGGUGCUGGAGGUCCCCGUUCCGGUGCGCUUCCUCUUCGUGCUGCUGGGGCCGAGCAGCGCCAACAUGGACUACCACGAGAUCGGGCGCUCCAUCUCCACCCUCAUGUCCGACAAGCAAUUCCACGAGGCCGCCUACCUGGCGGACGACCGGCAGGACCUGCUCACGGCCAUCAACGAGUUCCUGGACUGCAGUGUGGUCCUGCCGCCCUCAGAGGUGCAAGGCGAGGAGCUCCUGCGGAGCGUGGCCCACUUCCAGCGGGAGAUGCUGCGCCGCCGAGAAGAGCAGGAGCGGCGCCUCCUCCCCGGUGAUGCUGCAGAGCCCAAGUCGCCGGAGGAGAAAGCGCUGCUGAAGCUGAAGGUGUACGAGGAGCAGGACGAAGACCCCCUCCGGCGCACAGGCCGCCCCUUCGGGGGCCUGAUCCGUGACGUCGGCCGACGCUACCCCAAGUACCUCAGCGACUUCCGGGAUGCCCUGGACCCACAGUGCCUGGCUGCCGUGAUCUUCAUCUACUUCGCCGCCCUCUCCCCAGCCAUCACCUUCGGAGGGCUGCUGGGUGAGAAGACACAGGGGCUGAUUGGGGUUUCGGAGCUGAUCAUCUCCACCUCGGUGCAAGGCAUCAUCUUCUGCCUGCUGGGGGCACAGCCCCUCCUCAUCAUUGGCUUCUCAGGACCUCUGCUCGUUUUCGAGGAGGCCUUCUUCAUGUUCUGCACGUCCCACAACAUGGAGUACCUGGUGGGGCGUGUCUGGAUCGGGUUCUGGCUGAUCCUGAUCGUGACCCUCAUGGUGGCCUUUGAGGGCAGCUUCCUGGUGCGUUUCGUCUCCCGCUUCACCCAGGAGAUCUUUGCCUUCCUCAUCUCCCUCAUCUUCAUCUACGAGACCUUCUACAAGUUGACUAAGAUUUUCCAGGCCCAUCCGCUCAGCGGCUGCUUGAAAGCCAACGGCACUGGCGACGGCCAGGAGGAGGGAGACGCCUCGGGCGCACCGGGGAACGGAACGGCCAGGCAAGCCUCCGAAGUGACCGGCCAGCCCAACACGGCCCUCCUCUCGCUGGUGCUCAUGGCCGGGACCUUCUUCAUAGCCUUCUUCCUGCGCAAGUUCAAGAACAGCCGCUUCUUCCCUGGCCGGGUUCGUGUGGUGAUUGGCGACUUUGGGGUGCCCAUUGCCAUCCUCCUCAUGGUGCUGGUGGACUUCAACAUCGAGGACACCUACACGCAGAAGCUGUCCGUGCCCGAUGGCUUUUCCGUCACUAACCCUGAGAAGAGGGGCUGGGUCAUCAACCCUGUGGGGCAGGAGCACCCCUUCCCGGUCUGGAUGAUGGUGGCCAGCGGACUCCCGGCGCUGCUGGUCUUUAUCCUCAUCUUCAUGGAGACGCAAAUCACAACGUGGGUGGUUGCUGGUGUGACUGACACGUGGUCUGUUGGGGCCGGGCCNUUCCACCUGGACCUGCUGCUGAUCGUGGGCAUGGGGGGGUUCUGCGCGCUCUUCGGGCUGCCCUGGCUGGCGGCAGCCACCGUGCGCUCGGUCACGCAUGCCAACGCGCUCACGGUCAUGAGCAAGGCGGUGGCGCCCGGGGACAAGCCCAAGAUCCAGGAGGUGAAGGAGCAGCGGGUGACGGGCCUCUUGGUGGCGGCCCUUGUCGGGCUGUCCAUCGUCAUUGGGGACCUGCUCCGCAAGAUCCCCCUGGCUGUGCUCUUUGGGAUCUUCCUCUACAUGGGGGUCACCUCGCUGAACGGGAUCCAGUUCUACGAGCGCCUCCAGCUGCUGCUCAUGCCCCCCAAGCACCACCCGGACAUGCCCUACGUCAAGAAGGUGCGGACGCUGCGCAUGCACCUCUUCACGCUUAUGCAGCUGGCCUGCCUGGCCGUGCUCUGGGCGGUCAUGUCCACUGUGGCUUCCCUGGCCUUCCCCUUCAUCCUCAUCCUCACCGUGCCGCUCCGCAUGUGCCUGUUGAGCCGCAUCUUCACUGAGCGAGAACUCAAGUGUCUGGAUGCCGCCGAGGCCGAGCCCGUUUUGGACGAGAGGACGGGCAUGGACGAAUACCAUGAGAUGCCAAUGCCCGUCUGAAGGGACCAGAGGAAACCCGCCAAUGCCAACCAGCUGGCCACAAAGGGAUCAAGAGCUGAGGCUUCCCCUGUCCCUGGACUGGCCCACAGCUCACCAUCCCCAGCCACCCCAGUGCCUUUCUCUGCGAGAGUGUAGCGACAGGAGGGGUCUGCGCAAUAAGCCCCUGACAUGUGCGUCUGUGCCCGGCACACAUUCCACUCCAGGGGGGGACCUGACCAUAGAGAACGCUGCACAGAGCUAGCCCCCCCUCCACAGAAUCCGUCCACGUGAGCUGCCACGGAGCGCCCACCUCUACCAGCGCUGCCCAGGCCCUGCUCCUGCGCACCAGCCUGAAGGGGCCUGGGGGAGGCACCCCUCUUCCAAGAAGACAAUCAGCUGCUCCCUGCAUGAUUUUAUUUAAGAGAUUAAUUUAAAGUGUCAAUAAAUCGCUUUAUUACAAUCCA